CAUUUAUGAACCGAAAUAGCAGCACAAUGAACUAUACUUUGACGGAUGCGGAUUUUUAUUAUGUUUACAAUAUUUCUUUGAAUAAUGAUUCGAUACAUAAUACUUCGUGGAGCGGCGUUCAUUGUUAUGUGAACUCUUUCCUCUAUAACUCAAGUUUCGGAUUCGAAAUUGCGGUUCCGGAGUGGGAAGCACUUACUACUAUUGUUAUGCUAUUCGUCGUUACAUUUGGAACCAUCUUUGGAAACAUUUUAGUCAUUCUUGGAGUUUUCACAUAUAAACCUUUGAGGAUCGUGCAAAACUUCUUCAUUGUAUCGUUAGCUGCUGCGGAUUUGGCGGUAGCUGUUUUGGUGAUGCCACUUAAUGUUGCGUACAUGACCCUAGGACGUUGGCUUUGGGGCAAGCAGCUCUGCAAGAUGUGGUUAACCUGUGAUAUUAUGUCUUGCACUUCUUCUAUACUCAACCUGUGUGCCAUAGCCUUGGAUAGAUACUGGGCAAUAACAGACCCAAUCAAUUACGCAAAUAAGAGGACCUUAAAAAGAGUGGUUUACCAAAUCAUUGGAGUCUGGAUUAUGUCUUUAAUUAUAAGUUCACCGCCUAUAUUAGGCUGGAACGAUUGGCCAGAUGAAUUUACAGCAGACACUCCAUGUCAGUUAACAUCGGAACCUGGAUACGUUGUGUACUCAUCACUGGGGUCCUUCUUCAUACCGCUUGUCAUAAUGACCAUAGUUUACAUAAAAAUCUAUAUAGCUGCAAAACAAAGAUUAAGAAAACGUAUCCUAGUAACUCGAAUACAAAAUAAAAACCCAAUACUUAUGGUUGAAAAUAGAGAAGAUUCUGAAAAUGAUUCCGACAGUGGCGGCAGCAUUAAACGGUUCCAAAGAAAAGCUUUUAUAGAUAUGAAGAAAAACUUCUUUGUGCCAUUUCUUUUGCUGAACGAUCCCGUAGCUCGGCAAACGAUCGAAAGAAAUAUCAACCAAAUUCAAUCAGACGUGUCACCGGGAAGUCGCGGCAGUUACAGAAAGAAGAUGGUCGGGUCUCUUAAGAAAAUGAGUCACAAGAAUAAGAAGCCGUUACUGGCCAGUGUGAACAAGAGCGGUGACGUAGUUAAUCAGUUCAUUGAACAAAAGCAAAAGAUCUCGUUGUCUAAAGAGCGGCGCGCCGCGCGGACCCUCGGCAUCAUUAUGGGUGUUUUCGUAAUAUGCUGGCUACCUUUCUUUCUUAUGUACAUAAUUUUACCAUUUUGUUCUACAUGUUGUCCUAGUAUGAGACUUAUAAAUGUUAUUACAUGGUUAGGUUACGUAAACUCUACAAUUAAUCCGCUAAUUUAUACAAUAUUCAAUCUCGAAUUUAGAAAAGCUUUUAAGAAGUUGUUAGGGAUUAAAUAA